UGUCCUCUGCCCUGCAUGAACGGUGGUCAGUGCACAUCUGGCAACCAUUGUCUGUGCCCCCCGGAAUUCACCGGCCGUUUCUGCCAGGUGCCCGUGAACCGCCAGGGACAGCAGGCGCGGGCCCCCAGCGAUGGGGGGCCGAUGGAGACGGGCUCCAGCAAACACGCCAUUUAUGCUGUCCAGGUCAUCUCGGAUCAUCACAGCGACAGCCCCUCUGGGCCGGGUUCGAAAGGCACCGUGAGCCAUUCCACCUUUAUGGUACCCCUGGGGCAUCAUUCCUCUGAAGUCCAGAUGCACCAGCCGCUGGUCAACGUCCGCGUGCAUCACCCGCCGGACGCCUCCGUGCAGGUCCACCGGAUCGACAGCCUCAGCUCGGAGGGGAGUGGGCCGGCGGGUCCCCACCAUCUGAUCCAGCACCCGGCUCCGAAACCUGCCUACACCCGUCCCCCGACCCAGAAGCCCCUGGGGCGCUGUUUCCAAGAGACGAUGCCCAAGCAGUCGUGCGGCAGCAACCCCCUCCCGGGUCUCACAAAGCAAGAGGACUGCUGUGGCAGCAUUGGCACCUCCUGGGGCCAGACCAAGUGCCACAAAUGCCCCCAUCUGCAGUACCUGGGGGUGCAAAAGACGAUGGGGAGUGAUUGUCCACAGGGCUACAAGCGCCUCAACAGCACUCACUGCCAGGACAUCAAUGAGUGCGCCAUGCAAGGCGUGUGCCAAGGAGGAGAAUGUUUGAACACCCAAGGAAGCUUCCGUUGCGCGUGUAAACCGGGACAGGUUUUGGGACCUUCGCGCACCCACUGUGUGCCGGAGAAAGCCGGGGAGAGGAGUCUCUGUUUCCGGCUGGUGAGCCCCGACCAGCAGUGCCAGCACCCCCUCUCCACCAAGCUGACCCGUCAGACGUGCUGCUGCAGCGUGGGCAAAGCGUGGGGGGCCCACUGCGAGCGGUGCCCGGCCGACGGAACGGCGGCGUUCAGAGAAAUCUGCCCUGCGGGUAGGGGCUACCACAUCCAGACCUUGCACCAAACCCUGACCAUCCAGGGAGAGAGCGAGUUCCUGCUCCAGAUCCACCCGGAUGCCACCAGCGACUUGCCACAGCAGCGCCUGGAGCCCCCCACUCCUCCUCCCCUGGGCAGCGAUUCGCAGGAAGCGGAAGCUGUUACUCCAGCGAUGUUGCCCAGAGAUGCGACGACUUCGGAAGAGCAGGGCGUAGUUUACGGCAACACCCCGACUUUCGGUCCUCGGUACCCCGUGGUCAUCACCAAGCCCACCAUCGCGGUCGUGGUAAAGUAUCCCGAAGAGGAGAGAAUGGACGAAUUUUACAUGCCUCCAACGCAAGAGACUGAGAUCGACAUUUGCAAGUUGAACCGCAACAUCUGCAGCCACGGCGAGUGUAUCCCCACUCGGACCGGAUUCACCUGCCAGUGUUACCAAGGUUAUCGGUUGCACCCGCAGCACAGCUACUGCGUAGAUGUAAACGAGUGUGAAUUGGAGUUGUGUGGCAACGGGAAAGGCGUGUGCAUGAACACAGGCGGGUCGUACAAUUGCCACUGCAACCGGGGUUACCAGCUGAAAGUGCAGAAGGGUGUCCGAUCCUGCGUGGACAUCGAUGAAUGCGCCAGGCCCAGCGUCUGCGGAGAUGGCGGCUCCUGCAUCAACUUCCCAGGACACUAUAAAUGUGACUGUCAUCCCGGUUACCGGCUGAAGCCUUCUCGGCAGCCUCUCUGCGAGGAUGUUGAUGAAUGUCUUGACUCAGGAACAUGCCCUGACGGGAGAUGUGAAAAUAAACCUGGGAGCUAUAAAUGUAUCCCCUGCCAGCCAGGUUUCCGGGCCCAAAAUGGCAUAUGUUACGACGUGGACGAGUGCGCCGAGGAGGCUACCUGCAAACAUGGCUGGUGCGAGAACGUGGCCGGCUCCUUCCGCUGCUCCUGUGGGGAGGGCUUCGUACCUGCACCGGAUUCCCGCAGCUGCAUUGAUGUCAACGAGUGCCAGAAUGGUUCGUUGUGUACCCACGGGGUUUGUGUGAACACGCUGGGGUCCUUCAAGUGCCAGUGUCCGGUGGGUUUCCAGGCGGUGAAGGACGGGCCACGCUGCAAAGAUGUGAACGAGUGUGACUUCCCUGCCGCCUGUAUUGGGGGCGAGUGUGUAAACACAGUGGGGUCCUACCAGUGUCUUUGUCGGAGUGGAUACCAGUUGGAGAGGAAUCGAAAAUGCCAAGACAUCGACGAGUGUGCCAAAACUCCUCACCUCUGCCAACCGCACGGGGUGUGCGAGAACACCGAAGGCUCCUUUGUGUGCGUGUGUGAUGAGGGAUUCGCUCCUUCCAAAGACCGGCAGAGCUGCGAAGAGCUGCCCCACCAUAAAAAGGAGUGCUACCUGAACUUCGAUGACAGUGUGUUUUGUGACAGUGUCCUUGCUACCAACAUCACUCGCCAGGAAUGCUGCUGCUCGCUGGGGGCGGGCUGGGGGGACCAUUGUGAAAUCUAUCCGUGCCCCGUCCUCAACUCGAUUGAGUUCCACACUCUCUGCCCGGACGGGAAGGGCUUCAUCCUGGAUGAGACUGACCUGAACUACGGCGUCCCGACACAUCGUGACAUAGACGAAUGCACCCUGUUUGGCGAAGAGAUCUGCAAAGAAGGCAAAUGUGUGAACACCCAGCCGGGCUACGAAUGUUACUGCAAGCACGGCUUUUACUACGAUGCCAAUCUCUUGGAGUGUGUCGAUGUAGAUGAGUGCUUGGACGAGUCAAACUGUGUGAACGGGCGCUGUGAGAACACUCGGGGCAGUUUCCACUGUGCCUGCCCGGCCGCGACCACGUACGAUCCUGCCCAGAAGAAGUGCGUUCCAACCAGCAAAGUUGACAAGGUGACCGAUCGACGGGACGUCUGCUGGCAACUCCGAGGCGAGGACGGGAUGUGUUCGUCUCCGUUUGGCGGCCAACAGUUGACCUACGAGGAGUGCUGUUGCCACCAUGGCAAAGGGUGGGGCUACCACUGCCACGCCUGCCCGCCACGCAGCCCAGGUUCCAACUGCCAGUCUGCUCCAAGCGAGAGCAACUCUUUCUGGGACUUCAGUACACCCUUUGGGGAGGUGCAUAAAGGUGAGGUGAAGGAGGGAGCAGAGCCCACGGAUAGUAUCGUGGACGGUGGAACUCGCUGCCACAAGAUGGAGGGAUGCCCACGACCCUCGAUGGCUUUGCGAGGGGAUUGGGCAAACCCCUCAGGGCAUUUCACAAGUCAGGCUGGCUCGGUUUCCCUUCAGUCGCUUUGCCUCUUCCAUCCAGGGGCUGGGAGACAUCAGGGAAAGAGCACCACUUGGUGGCUCAGGGCUCCUUGGGGGGACUGAGCUACCGAGGGCUGCUCUACGUGGGCCUUUGGACUGAUUCAGCACCGCUUUUUGUGUUCUAAAUGUGGCCAAACAGCGGUCUUUUCCUGGAACUGCCAGGCUGGACCCCGCAGGGCUGGGGCUGGCAGCUGCACAGCCUGGGAUGAGAGACCAAAAGAACUCGAGAGCAGGAAGGGGAAGGUCAGGGGAAGCCAAGAAAUGUUGA